AUUUAAAUGUCUUUAAAGAUCUUGGUGUCGGGGGACGCCGAGGGCAACCUUGCCUCCCUCUUCAAGAAGGUGGAGGCUGUCAACAAAAAGGCGGGUCCGUUUGAGAUGCUUCUCUGCGUUGGAUCCUUCUUUGGACCAGGAAACCUGGGUUGGCAGGAUUACAAGACAGGGAGAUGCAAGGUUCCAAUCCCGGUUUAUAUUCUAGGUAAACUUAUUGAAUAUCUGGGACACGGGGGCUGGAGCAAUGAAAAAGUACGGACACAUGUAUCCGUCCUGCAAGGACGGAGCACACGGAGUUCUUGUUCUCUUCUCCUUCUCCGACCGGAGUUCUUGGGAGGAGAUACCUGCCCUAGUUCAGAGAACAGUCCUACCUCAAGAUCCGAUAACUCCGAUAGGUUUAAAAUUUCUAUUUACUCAUUACAAAAUCUACAGGCUUUAGAGGGUAACCUGAGAUGGGAUGAUUCCCGGUAUCCCGGAGUAGAUAUUCUUCUAACCUCAGACUGGCCGAAGGGAAUCAGUAAUCGGACUCGGGCCUCAGAGGUUAGAGAUCUAGAGGUUGGAUCCGCCCUUGUUUCCAGACUAGCUCUUCUUUCUCGACCCAGAUAUCAUUUCUGUGGACUACACGGUGAACACUAUGAGAGAACUCCGUAUAGAAACCAUCAGACAGGAGCAGAGCAGGCUAAACCAGUUACAAGGUUUAUUGCUCUGGGUAAGGUUGGAAACAAAGAGAAGAAGAAAUGGCUCUACGCGUUCAACAUCACUCCCUUGAAGAACAUGGAGAGAGCUGAGCUAGUUGCUCAACCUGUUGGAGUUACAGAGAUACCAUUUCUCCAGGAACAUAUUGAAAUCCAGGGGGAAAAGAAGCAGCAGUUCUUCUUCGAUAUGAACGCCAAGAUGGAGGACGAGGGGAAGGGGAAGAAGAGAAAGAAUGACGGAGAGGAUUCCGGACGAAAAGCUCCGGUUGGACCAUGUUGGUUCUGUCUCUCGUCUCCGGAGGUGGAGAAGCAUUUAAUAGUUUCCGUCGGAGAACAUUCUUAUCUAGCUCUAGCCAAGGGAGCUCUUACCCCUGAUCAUGUUAUGAUACUUCCAAUAGGACAUCAUCAAUGCCUAGUAAACCUACCAGAGGAAGUAUCGCAGGAGAUUGACAAAUUUAAAUCUGCUCUGAGGAAGAUGUUUAAAAAGAAUGGGAAAGCUCCGGUGUUCUUCGAGCGUAACUUCAAGUGCCAGCAUCUCCAGCUCCAGGUGGUUCCUGUCAUAAAGGACGACGCUACCGUGGUAAAGAAGGAGUUCCUUGACCAGGCCUCUAGUAGGGAGAUGGAUCUUAACGAGAUCCCGAGUCAUGUACCAAUUGCUCAGCUGGCUGUACAAGGUCAACCCUACUUCUUCGUAGAAACUCCAAACAAAGAUAAACUGUUUGGACGGAUAGACAAGGGAUUCCCUCUCCAGUUUGGUCGUGAGGUGUUGUGUUGUCCCAGUUUACUAGAUAUGGAGGAGAGAGCUGAUUGGAAGGCCUGUAAACUAUCUCAAGAAGAAGAAAUGGAGCACACUAAAGAAUUUCGGAAACUCUUUUCCCCAUUUGAUUUUACUCUCGAGUGAUUUAUUUGAUAAUUAUUAUAUAAUAAAGAUCAUUAAAAUUAUCAUUUUUACCUCUCCUUGAUCUCAUUACAAGUUUCAGA